AUGGCUGGAGAGAGCUCCAAAAAGGUCAACGCCAGCGGCAAGGCUGCCCUUCCGCUCGACAUUGACGGCCACAACCUACCGCCCUCGCCGGCACCCAGCUCGCCCCGUAAUGGCAGGAAGUAUGCACUGAUGACGGAGCUGGUGUACACGGAAAGCAGUGACCAGUACAAUGCCAGCUCCGUUCCCAUCUACCAGUCUGCCACGUUCAAACAAGAGUCUGCAAGCGGCGGCGGCGGCGAAUAUGACUACACACGCUCAGGCAAUCCCACACGCACACAUCUCGAGCGACAUCUGGCCAAGAUUAUGAGUGCAAACCGCGCGCUCGUCGUAUCGUCGGGCAUGGGCGCUCUCGACGUCAUCACCCGCCUCCUACGACCUGGCGACGAAGUCAUCACCGGCGAUGACCUGUACGGCGGCACAAACAGACUGCUGAAAUAUCUCUCGACACACGGUGGCAUAAUAGUGCACCACGUCGAUACCACGAAUCCCGAAAAGGUGCGCGAAGUCGUGAACAACAAGACGGCCAUGGUGCUCCUCGAGACACCAACGAACCCAUUGAUCAAGAUCUGCGACAUCCCCACUAUUGCCAACAUCGCCCACGCCGCGAACCCCACUGCCAUUGUUGCAGUCGACAACACCAUGAUGUCGCCCAUGCUGUUGAAUCCGCUCGACCUUGGCUCUGACAUUGUCUAUGAGUCUGGCACCAAGUACCUCUCUGGCCACCACGACCUCAUGGCUGGUGUCAUCGCCGUCAACGACUCUGCUCUAGGAGAUCGACUCUACUUCACCAUCAACGCUUCAGGAUGUGGCCUGUCGCCCUUUGAUUCCUGGCUGCUUCUUCGCGGUAUCAAGACUCUAGGUGUUCGUAUGGAGAAGCAGCAGGAGAAUGCCAUGCGCAUCGCCACUUUCCUCGAGUCGCACGGCUUCAAGGUCCGCUACCCAGGCCUAAAGUCGCACCCGCAGUACGACUUGCACUGGAGUAUGGCACGUGGCGCUGGCGCUGUGCUAUCCUUUGAAACAGGUGAUGUUACCGUUAGUGAACGUAUUGUCGAGAGCGCGAGGCUCUGGGGUAUUAGUGUAAGCUUUGGAUGUGUGAACUCGCUCAUCAGCAUGCCUUGCCGCAUGAGUCAUGCAAGCAUUGAUGAGAAGACGAGGAAGGAGAGGAACAUGCCUGAAGACAUUAUUAGGCUAUGCGUUGGCAUUGAGGACCCAGAGGAUCUAAUCGAUGAUCUGAGCCGUGCUCUCGUACAAGCUGGUGCUGUCAACAUCACAACCGAAGGCUUCCAGGCCCUCGCUGCAGAGGCUCCUGCUCCUACGCAACCCUCAGAGGCUGCUCCUGCUCCUACGGAGUCAUAA